AUGGCCGGCCAAGCCGAGAAAAAGCAGGCUAAGAAGGCGGAGUCAUCCAUCCAGUACUACCUUUAUGGCAUCAUUGCUGUGAAUGCCCUGUACUUCCUGGGCCGGGUGUUUAUGUUCUGGUCCUCCAUGGGGAAGUGGAACUUGUGCGGUAUGCUGCUCUUUACCGGAGUGUCUUACUUCACGUUUGGAGCCAUCAAGUCCUCCUUGGAAGUGGGAGCAAACUACGAGAUGUAUUUGGACCUCUUUCUCGUCAACUUGGCCACCCAAGCUCUAGUAACCUUUAGCGACUACGGUUGGCUCCUGUACCUCGCAGUCCCCGGCUAUGCGGGUUGGAAGAUUGUGAAGUUGGUCAUGGACUAUGCGCGCGCCUCACAAACUAAUUGA